GUUGAGGCCGGAUUCAAUGGAUAUCAAACGAGAAAACGGCAAAAGACGUUACAUAUGUAAUCCGUUAUCACAGCCUUGCGAAGGUCUGCGGAUGUUUGGAUGUUGCGACGUUUGCUGGUGUUCAGGUUUUUGUGUGUCUGGGUGUUUAGGUGUCUGGGUGUUUUAGUUGUUUCCUGUUUAUUCCAGAUCAAGUCCACUUCAACACAUCGUUUCCAGAGACAUGGACUAUUCUAACGACAGCUGAUUCCUGUAAUGUCUUACUACCUUGCUCUCAUAGGGACCACUGAUAAUCCGAUCUAUGAGGCUGAGAUGGGCACUUACCGUCAAGGAGGCGAUGGAGUGCCAAAGUUCUCUGCGGAGAUGAAAGAGCUGAAUCCAUUUAUAGUACACGCUGCCAUUGAUAUAGUUGAAGACGUGCAGUGGCGCUCGAACUCUCUGUACUUGAAAGCUGUGGAUGAAUUCUACGGGUACUACAUAUCAGCAUUCGUAACACCGGGGAAUAUCAAAUUCCUACUACUACAUGAGACAAAGAACGAUGAGAGCAUCAGACAAUUCUUCAAUGACGUUAACGAUCUGUACGUUAAGACGGUUCUAAAUCCAUUCUACAACGUGAACGACCCGAUAACAAGUGCCGUAUUUGACCUGAAGGUGAAACAGCUUGGGAAGAAGUAUCUAUAGACACACAGCCUACAAUAGUAUGCAGUACUAAUCGAUGACCUUGGUGAUAAUG